AUGGCAACCCUGCGUAUCUCAACUACAUCUCUGUCGCAAAGAGCGAUCGCCACCUGCCGACCUCGACUGUAUCUCGGCGUUCGGUGCCGAAGCGGGCAAUCCUUUGCGCCGAUAGCAAAGGCGAGCUAUGGCGGCCGCAAAUACUCGACAGCAACACCAGCGCUGUCGCUAGCGCCAAAAGUCGAACGCGGUGGCUCCAAACUGUUCAAGGAUGCUGACGCCGCCGUCGCCGACAUCAAAAGCGGAUCCACGAUCCUCAGCUCGGGGUUCGGGCUGUGCGGGGUGGCAGAAACCCUGAUCAAUGCGAUGCAUCGCCGAGGUGCCGAUCAAUUGCACUCGCUGACCGCGGUCUCGAAUAAUGCCGGUGCUGCAGGCAAGGGCGGCCUCUCGACGCUUUCACAGAAUGGCCAGCUGAACCGGCUGAUCCUUUCGUAUUUGGGGAACAACAAGGCAUUGGAGAAGAAGCACCUUGGCUGA